CCCUUAUCCUAUCCUCUUCCAGUGCCACUCUCCCUUCUUCCCCAACUCUCUUCUCUUUCUCUCUCUCUCACUAAAAGAUGGCGGCAUCUCUGUCAACUCUCACCCUACGUUCCCCAUCUUGUCCUACGCUAUCUUCUUCUUUUCCUACGCAUUCCUUCAAGCAAACCCUAGAUUUCCCUUUCCGAAACCCUAAAAUCAUACAUAGAGCCACUUUCGUUCGCCCUAUCUCCGCCGUGGCCGCUCCCGAGAAGAUUGAAAAAAUCGGCACCGAGCUCUCCAAUUUGACCCUAGAAGAGGCUCGAAUCCUCGUUGACUGGCUCCAGGACAAGCUUGGAGUCUCUGCUGCCGCCUUCGCACCGGCUGCCGUCGCGGUCGCUCCGGGUGCCGUUGCCGACGCUCCUGCGGUGGUGGAAGAGAAGACGGAGUUCGAUGUCAUGAUUGAGGACGUUCCAAGCAACGCGAGGAUUGCGACGAUUAAGGCCGUGAGAGCGCUCACGAGCUUGGCGUUGAAGGAGGCGAAGGAGUUGAUUGAAGGCUUGCCUAAGAAGUUCAAGGAAGGCGUUUCGAAGGAGGAAGCUGAAGAAGCGAAGAAGCAGCUUGAAGAAGCCGGAGCUAAGGUCGCCAUUGUGUAGUAGAAUCGAAUGGCUUUUUGGUAAAUUUUCCUAAUUUCCCCCCUUUUUUUUUUGCAAAAAAAUCAGUAUUUAGUUGUUGAUUCGAUUGUCAGUGUCCGUUCGAUGAUUUGUAAUUGUUUGUGCUUUAAUUGAAACCAAAAUUUCUGUACGAAAAUCUCAAUUCUCAGCGUUUUUUUCGAUCAA